AUGUCCAAUCUCCUCUUACACCACAACCAAGCAAGGAAUACAGCUGUAAUCGCAAUUCCAACAACGAACCACCAUGUCUCCAUUGUCGCCCGGAUUUUGCAAGGUCGCACAAGAACACUAAUGAAGGACAGAGUCUCGCAAUUCUAUGCUACUACUUCAUCCAAGAGACAAAAUCUGCGGCCUGAUGUGAGCAGUGCGGUAGUUUGUUCAGCGUGCCAUGGUACCGGUAUGUAG